GAAAUCAAACGCGGCUGGUCUCUCCACUGCGGAGUUAAAUCUGUACAAUUCCAACGCCGCAAUACGUUUUGUGAGGGCUCGCGAGCUGCCGUCUGUUGUUCGCCUCGUCCAGGUUUCCUACUCUCUCGCCGUCGGCCUGGUUCCCCGGAACGGGUUGCCUUAUGCUUUACUGGGGGUUGAUUUUCUCGUUGGGGAUUCGGGACCUUGGGAACUCCAGCUCUGUCGAUUCCCGACGAGCCUCGAGUUAUCGGACCCCUCGAUUUUACGAGUGUUGAGGGCAUGGGCGGUGAUGCGCUUGUUGGGGGUAUUGGGGCUUUCUUUGAUUUCCAUAUGGUCAUUUGAGGAGAAUAUGGGUGCUUAUGAUCCUUCAGAAGCAACAACAUCAUGUAUAGAUUCCACAAAAGAUUCACAGAGCACUGUAGAGAUUAAAAUUAAAACAUUGGAUUCUCGAACGUACACUUUGCGAGUAGACAAGUCUGUGCCAAUCCCAAAGUUGAAGGAACAAAUAGCCGGUAUAACUGGGGUAAUCUCUGAACAACAGCGUUUAAUAUGCCGUGGCAAGGUUUUGAAAGAUGAUGAAAUCCUGUCUACGUACCAUGUUGAAGAUGGUCACACUUUGCAUCUGGUUGUUAGACAACCACAACCAUUUUCUUCAUUCCCAUCAACAAGUCAUAUGGAAAAUGAAGGUGCACCAGUUUCAAAUGCUACUUCAGAUACUCAUCGUAGUCAUGUUGGUCAAGGAGCUCGUACCUUAGUCUUUGAGACUGUCAAUAUUGGCCAAGGGGACCAUCAUACUCAACAUCUUUCUCAGAUUAUAUCUAGUAUCUUAAAUGCUGUUGCAACAAGAAACACUGGAUCCCAGACCUCAAGUACAGAUCUCAGGGAUUUGGGUGCAAGAACCUCUCUUGACGUUCCAGGUGGUGAGCUUGGUUCUAGGCAGUUACCCGACCAAUUCCAGCCUGCAGUUUCAUUGGGCCCCCAACAGCCAACUGUAAUUCCUGAUUCUUUGACCACUAUACAUCAGUAUUUGAGCUUCAUGAGAGAUGAGUUCUUCAGAGAAGGUGUGGAGUACAGAAAUGAAGCAAACAUCACUAAUAUGCUCGGCAAUGGUCUUCAGUCUCGCCAUUCUUUUAUCCCAGGUGGCCUACCAAGUCCAGCAUCUUUAGUAGAAGUUCUGCUUUCUACAAGAGAAUUGCUAAUGAUGCAAGUUGAUGGAUACAUAUCACAAUUCGCAGGGCGCCUUGAGGAUCAAGCAAGUUUGACCAAUACACUUAUGCGUGGGAACCUUCAAAAUAGUGUGCUUAGAUCUGGAGUCUUAUUGCAGAACUUGGGUUCCUUGUUACUAGAACUGGGUCGUACGACAAUGACAUUGCGAUUGGGUGAAAGACCAGCUGAUGCUGUGAUCAAUGCGGGACCAGCAGUUUUCAUCUCUGCAACUGGACCUAAUCCUGUGAUGGUUCAGCCUGUUCCUUUCUAUCCAGGAUCAAAUUUUAAUGCACAUAUGGGAGCUGCACACAAUGGUCAUGGUUUACAAGGUGAAUCAUUGGGUACUACAUUUCUUCCAGGAAAUAUCAGCAUUCGUCUUCGUGCAGGUCGUACCUUACCAGUUUCCCCUCAUAACCUAGGCACACAAGGUGGACAACAAGUACAAGGAUCAACAAAUCCAACUGAAAAUACUUCCACUGCAAAUGUUGCUCAUCAAGCUGUUUCUGGAGCUCCAAAUAAUCCAGCUGUUGCUGGAGAUUCUGGAGUUAGAGUAUUGCCAAUAAGAACGGUGGUUAGUGUACCUGCUGGCGCUGGCCGUUCAACAUCUGAGUCAUCUGGCAGUGCAGUUGGGCUAAUCUACCCUUUUCUUGCAAGGGUUCAACAUGUCACUUCUGGAAAUUUGGACGAUGCUGGGGCCAAUGAAUUGUCAAAUGGGGUGAAUGAUAAUGGUCAUAACAGUGAGCAGCAGCACACUACUGGAUCCACUAUAGAAUCACAAAACUUGGAAUCUUCUAUUGGAGGCUUCAUUCAUGAGAUUAACCAAAUUUCUUCUAGUACAGUUUCUUUAGCUUCUGGAUUAAAUGCCUCAAUAAAUGAAUCAGCUUCAGCUUCACAUCAAGGCUCUUUAAGAGACUUCCUUAGUGGAGGCCAACAGUUGCAAUCGGGUAUUAACAACAACGAAAUUCAAUUUGAUCAACAAAACAGACAAAGCCCUAUUUCUCAACUAACUGGCAGAUUGGAUCAGUGGCUGCAGUCAUUUUUUCCCACAGAGCAAGUUCAUGUUGAUGCCACUGAUCAUCCAGAGGUUGCUAGAGGUUCUUCCACUGAUCAAGCAGGCAUAGGCGGAAAUUCUCCACCUGAGGUGGGUGUAGGAGUAAGUGAGGAUGGACUAUUCUUCUCAAGGUUAGUACGUAAUCUUAUGCCAUUCAUAUCUCAAGCCACAUCAACAGACCAUAAUGGUAGAACAAAUAAUCAGAGUUCUUCGACAGCAGUGGCCCCCAUGCAGAACUCGAAUGACUCUAGUACUUCCCAAAUUCGUCGAGACCCACCUGAGGCUCCCAAUCCUAAACGUGCAAGGGGAGAAUGAUUUUGAUAUUCAUAUGGAGGUGUCAAAAUUUUGCAUAAAGCGCCAGCAAAUACUACAAAGCAAACUACUGAGCACUCCACAUUUGAUUCUGAAUGUUUUUCUCCGGUCCUUGUUAAAGAUGAAUGUUAUCCAGCUUCUGAGAGAUCCCAAAAACUUUUCGCCUACAUCAGAACUGAGAAGGAUUCAGGAUGAUAUAUGCAAUUCUUUUUGUUAGCGAUUGUCACUUGUACUCGAACCUGUACAAUGCCCAUUUUUUAUGUUUUAUUUCUUCAAGUUUCCGGCAAGGUGAUCAGUGCAAAUUUUAUCAAAAUUUUACUUGUAAAUCGUAGUUCAUCACCAUGACUCGUGAUAAUCUCAAACUAUUUGUGACGAUUAUGUCAUUUAACUCUGCACAAAAUCAUAGUGUCAGUAAUAUUUAUAUUUGUUAAUUACUCUCCA